UGCGGGCGUCGGAAACAGAGUAAGCACCCGGGUAUGAUACACUGGCUCUGGGCCACCAUCCCGUGACAUGCCGGACGAGGUGAAGGCGACCGUGACCGAAGCCGCGCGGCCAGCGUACGUCUACGCCGAGCGCGGACCAGGGUGCGUGCCCGCGAUGGCCGUGGCGGUGACGACGCUCACGGCCAGGUGCCCCUAUGCGUGUCUCCUACCCGCCGAGGCGAACGAGCCGCCAGACAUGGGCUUGUCGCUUGUCAACAGCUACUUUUGCAUCUACACCCCAACCGGUCGCGUCCUCAACGCCCACAACGAGACAGCAGACCUCUCUGUCGUGUUGCAAAGCCAGGCCAACGGCGCGUACACGACGCCGCCCGUGCUACACCUCGCCGACGUCCCGCCCAACAUCACAACGCUGACGCUCGCGAACCUCGGCCUCGAAGUGCUCGGCCCCAAGCUUGUCCAGGACAAGAUCCCAGACAGCCCGUGGUCGCCCAACGUGAUCAUGCGCUACCUGAACCUCGCCAACAACUCGAUUGAUUCUGUCGACGGCGUUGCCUUCCCGCUCAACCUCCAGAUGCUAAUUCUCGCCAAGAACAAACUCACAUCGAUCGACGGGCUCGCCGCGCCGCGCUUGGCGAUGCUGUCGGUGAGCGGCAACCCGACCCUGCCGCCAAGUGCAAUCACACCUGCAGUGGCUCUGGCGCUCCCGAAGCUGCGGCGCCUGGUCGCAGACGAGAUGGAGUGGACCGAGAUACCGUCCUCGCUACCGAGCAGCCUAAUAGAGAUCUCGCUCGCCAAGAACCGCUUCUCGCAGCUGUCGCCCCGCGCCUGGCCGCCAGCUCUGCGAUACUUGAACGUGCAGAACGCUGGGAUCACGACCGUCUACGCCAACUUUACUUCGGCCUUGCGGGUGCUCUGCCUCGGCGGCAACGCGAUCUCGGCCUUUUAUGCGACAACGGCCCAGUUUGAAAUCCUCUCGGCGCUGCCGCAGCGCACGGCGACAGCCGACGGCCUCGACGCGUCUCGGUGCUCGGAGGCGUCGCCGCUGCUGACGACGCUGACCACCAACUCGUCGUGCACCGGGCAUGUCACGACGCGCCUCCUCUGGGACACGUACCCCGUGUGCAUAUUGGACGCGGCCUUGGAGAGUCUCGUGACAUCGCCGUCGUCAUCCAAGGGCGUUGGGAUCGCACUCAUCGUCGUGAGUGCGCUUCUCGGCGUCAUCGCGAUUGUGCUCCUUGUGCUCUGGCUGCGGUUUCUCCGCCGGCCGCGACCGGCCCCGAAAUGGUACGAAGGCAUGGACUUGGAGAUGGACGCAAAAGACAUGCUCGGUAUGGACGUCAGCCUCGACCCGUCGCUCUUGUACAACGACGUGCGGUCGGAUCCGGCGUUCGCCGCCUACCGGCUGCCCGAGGCCGACAUCGAGCGCCAAAGCAUCUUGGCGCGCGGCGGCUUCGGCAUCGUGUACCUCGCGACGCUGCGGCCGACGCCGUCGCUACCAGACAUCGUGUCGCCGACGCCCGUGGCGCUCAAGCGGCUCUUGCCGAGUCGCUUGACUGACGACGUGCGAUGCAUGGACGACUUCAUGGACGAGAUCCGCUUCAGCGCGCGUCUUCGCCACAACAACAUUGUCCGCUUCUACGGCUUUACGUACUCGACACUCGCGGACCUGGCGAUCGUCACCGAGUACAUGGAGCGGGGCGACCUCUGGCAGUGGCUCCGCGUGCAGAACCUCAACGCCGCGCCAGUUGGGUGGCAGCUGCAGAAGGACGCGACGGUGCCGCUGCGUCCGUACUCGCCUUUUGUCCUGGCGUCGCAGACUCCGCCGCCGGCGAUCUCCAAGUUUUCGAUUCUGUGCGACAUUGUCGAGGGCCUUCGGUACCUCCACACGCGCGAGGCGCCGCUCGUGCACCGCGACCUCAAGGCCAAGAACGUGCUCUUGAGCACCGAGUUUGUGGCCAAGCUCACCGACUUUGGCGUCGCGCGCGAGACGUGCGACUACACCAUGACGGCCGAGAUCGGGACCGUGGCGUGGAUCGCGCCCGAGGUGCUCAAGGGCGUCUACUACACGGAGAAGGCCGACAUCUACUCGCUCGGCGUGCUCCUCUCGGAGCUCGACACGCUCGAGAUUCCGUACGCCGACUUGGACGCGAUCCACACGACCCACGGCAACUGGAACGUGAGCGCGAUCAAGGCGCGCAUCGCGAUGCUCGUCGUCUCGGGCGAGAUCCGUCCGUCGUUUUCGGCCGACGUGCCCCGCUGCAUCGCCGACGUGGCCCGCCGCUGCUUGGCGUACGAGCCCACCGACCGCCCGACGAGUCGCGACGUGUGGGCGUACUGCCAGCAGAUCCAAGCCGCCACUAUUUAUACCGACCCUUGAAUAUAAGAUCGUAUUGCAGUCCUAGUAC